AUGCCCGGAGGCCAUGAUAUCCCCCUACAUCCGCGCGAGAUGCCUUCAUACUCCCCUGGAAUGCCGUUCCCCGGGAGUCAUACCGAGUCGGAGCCAUUUAUUCAGGGUGGACAUCACGUUCAUUACCCCAGCAAAGUCUAUGAAGAGAACGCUUCUCUUAAGGCAACAAUUAGAAUCCUGCGAUUUGCCGCACGGCUAGCAACUACGGUCAUCGCAGCAUUGACUGCAGAACAGGAAGCCAGAACCAUCUACAAUUUUGUUAAAACGCGCGAUAUCAUCCGCGAUGGGCGGGGCCCAUGGUCUGCAAGCACGUCGCUAUGGCCGGCGAUAUUGCUCCUCGCAGUAUCCAUCAUUACAUUCAUCACAGGCAUUUUCAUAAUAGGCGCCUACGCUUUCAGCGUCAAGCGCGCCAACGCCAUCAGCAAUGCUCACUCAUGGUUCAGUUAUGCAGUUGAAGCAGCUCAUGUUAUCACAUGGAUUGUGGUUGCAAUUCUGUACCGAGUGGGCAAGACGGGGAAUGAUCUCUGGGGUUGGGCUUGCUCUCCUCUUGCUGAGCAAAUCCAACCUAAUUUUGAAGGUGUUGUUAAUUUUACCAAAGUUUGCAAACGAGGGGGCAGAUCGUGGAGUCUUGCACUUGCAAGUGCUGGGACUCAACUUUUAGGUUUUGUCAUUUUUAUCUAUAUGUUUAGAAGAUGGAGGCUCCAAAAGCGAAUUGGAAAGCCAUGA